UUACCAGAAACAUAUAAACGGUCAUCUCUAACGCGUUGCAAAAAGCGAAACUCAUUCUCUGAAUUACAAGACUUUAUUUUAAAUAAAUAAACAAAGAUGGCCAAUGUAGAGACGUUGUACAAGGAGCUAAUCUCCGAAUGGUCUAAGCGGCCACCAAACACCGUCAGAUGUGGGCAGCUGCUGGAUCAGCUUAAAGUCGCCCUGGUGAAAAUCGCCUUUUUGCCCACGGAUGGAGCGGAUGCGGCAAGCCACAAGAAGCAGCUCAUCCUGGCUAGGAGCGUUCUUGAGAUCGCCGUGGAGCACAGCGUGCUAAGCAAGGACCUGCUUGCCUUUGAAAGGUAUAUGGCGCAGCUAAAGUGCUACUACUACGACUACGCAAAGAUCAUUGGCGAAUCUGAGAGCAAGUACAAACUUCUGGGUCUGAAUCUCCUGUAUCUCCUCUCUGGCAACCGCGUCUCAGACUUCCAUACAGAGUUGGAGCUCCUCUCGGUGGAUGUGAUCCAGCAUAAUCAGUUCAUCCGGCCUAUCCUGGCCCUGGAGCAGUACAUCAUGGAGGGCCGCUAUAACAAGAUCUUCCAAGCCAAGUCCACGGUGCCCGCCGAGGUCUACAGCUACUUCAUGGACCUGCUUGUAGAGACUGUUCGCGACGAGAUUGGCGCCUGCAUCGAGAAGUCCUAUGAAAAGAUAUCCGCCAAGGAUGCCGCCAAGAGGCUCAGCCUGCGCGUCCCCGACGAGAUCAAGGCUUUUGGCGAAAAGCGGCAGUGGAAGCUGGAGGCCACCGGUGACUACAGCUUCACCGACCGCAGUAUCAAACCCAAGGAGCUUCUCCCCUCCGAGGAGCUGGCCGAGCAAGUCCUCAGCUAUGCCCGCGAUCUAGAAAUGAUAGUCUAAUCGACAGUUUGUAAUGUUUCAUGUAUAUCUUAAAGAGUAAAGUAAUAAAGUACACAUUAAUCAAAGUA